GCCUUCUCUCCAGCCCCUCUCAACUUCUUGCAGCCUCUCCUCCCAGCCACAGUAAGGACAGUCCAUAAGUUCUGGUGUUCUCCCUCCAUCUCCAGGCUGUGCCCUCUCAAUAGGUCUGGUUUGUUAUGAGGCUGGCCUGUGGACCACAUUCAUUUCUGCUCAGUCUACUUAUUCCUCUCCUGUUCCACUUCUUCUAUGACUUCCCAUCGCCUCGGGCCAGAACCCAAACCAGCUCAUUAAUGGGGCCUGCAUUCAUGCCUAGGGGUGCCAGUUGUGGCCCUAGCUACACAGGAGGCUUGAGACAAGAGGAGUCCUCAAGGCCUGACUGGGAGAGAUGCCAAGACACUGGCUUUGUAACCUAUUUUUGCUUUCCAGCCCUACCACACACACACUAUCCAAAUUCAGUGCCCCAAAUACAGUAGCUGAACCCCAAGCAACUCCAAGCCCUUACCUGGGAAGUGUCCACAUCAAAGAAGCCCUGAUAAUAGUCAAACGUCCAGAAUCUUGGCUGUGGCCCUUCUUCCUGUAGAAGCUACAAGAUAAGGCUUUCAGAGCCUGCCUGCUUAGCCAGGGUAAGGACAGAGGCAAGGCGUGGGAGCCCGGGGACUCACCGAUGUCUUGUCACCCUCUUCCACCUCUUCGGCUCCAUAACCAAUACCUGAUCCCACAGCCACAGCCACGUGUUCCCGUGAGGUCAGCGCAUCAGUUUGGCUUUUAGUGGCUGCAUCUGGGGUCUCUGCCAGAAGAUUUGUGGCUUCCUCGAACUCUACGAAGAGGCAAUAUGGGCAAAGGUGUUUGGGGUCUGAAAAAUGCUUUUGGCGCACUGCUCAUCAACCUGGGCUGUGGUUGCCUCACUACCCUCCCCUAAGGACUGAGUUUCUUCCGCUUUUGACAUAACCUAGGGUCUGGGUCCCAGCUGCCUGUGGUUCUAGCCUAGGCCAGUAGGAGCUCAGGCCACUUCCGGGCCCCACUCACCAUGGAAGGCCAGUUCGUCAGCCGCUGCCAUGAUUCUUUAGGGGCGUCACCGCAUCGCGCUCUGUGAACAGAACUCAUCAGUCCCACGGCCCUCCUCAGGACUGAUGCUUCCGCCUCGAGUCCUGCCUGAGCCUAACGCACUGAGUGACACCAGCUCCACGUCAGGGCCCUGCAGGUGCACCCCGCCCUCCUCACCUGAGGACCUAAGCUGGCGUGGACCGGGCUGCGUGCGCGUGCGCGCGGCCAGCCUACCCGUCAGAGCCCACCCUCCACGCAACGGCAACAUCCGGCGCUAGUCCGUCUCUUAGAGGGGUCCAGUGAGAAACUACUUCCGGCAGCUUGCGCUUGCGCAGGAGCUACUCUCCAGCCCUUUUCUUUCGGACACUAUGCAUUUCCACUCGGCCAACGGACCUCCGGAAGAGGAUGGCGACAGCCGCUCCAAAGAGAUUCUGGUCCGGAGGGCGCAGUGAAGCGGGAGAAGAGGCGAGUGGUACCGCGACGGCGGCAAAGCCAGGGGUGUGGGCACGACUGGGCACCUGGGCCCGCGCGCUGCUCCGGGACUAUGCCGAGGCGUGCGGAGACGCGGCGACUGCAGCGCGUGCCCGGCCGGGCCGCGCGGCCGUGUACGUGGGGCUGCUGGGCGGCGCCGCGGCGUGCUGCGCCCUGGCGCCCAGCGAGGCGACCUUCGAGGAGGCCUUGCUCGACGCGUCAGGCUCCCUCUUGCUGCUAGCGCCGGCGACGCGCAACCGCCACUCGGAAGCGUUCUUGCAGCGCCUGCUGUGGCUGAGGGGACGCGGGCGGUUGCGCCACGUGAAUCUGGGGCUCUGCUCGCUCGUGUACGAGGCGCCCUUCGAUGCCCAGGCCAGCCUCUACCAGGCCCGCUGCCGCUACCUGCAGCCUCGCUGGGUCGACUUCCCCGGCCGCGUCCUCGACGUGGGGUUCCUGGGCCGUUGGUGGAUCCUGGAGAACCGCAUGCAUGAUUGCGACAUCAACGAUGACGAGUUUCUGCACCUGCCUGCGCACCUCCGCGUCGUCGGCCGCCACCAGCUGCAUUCUGAGGCCAAUGAGAGGCUGUUCGAGGAGAAGUACAAGCCCGUCGUGCUCACCGAUGACCAAGUGGACCAGGCGCUGUGGGAAGAGCAGGUGCUGCAAAAGGAGAGAAAGGAGAGACUGGCGCUGAGCGAGGCCGAUUCGCUGGUGCAGUCCGAGGUUUCCAGAUGAAACCCAGGGAGCCCCCGGUUUCCAGGCACUCAAAUGUGGUUUUGUUGAAAGCCUUUCUGGUCGUGGAGAUGGAGAAAAGCUGAAGGACUGGUCUUGACCGUGGAGCAUUUGACCGUGUUAUGCUUAUAACCAUCAGAACUCCGAGUAAGGAGCCUGCACUGUGUAGCCGGUUGUAGCUGGGGGGGCGGGGGGGGGGGGCGUGUACUUCAUUGCAG